GAGAAGAAGGUGUCAUCCUGUUGGGCUCCUUUUAAGGACCUGCUUUAAGUUCCUUUCUGAAAACGCACAUUUCCUUAUGUUCGCCUUCAUGGCUGCUCCUAGGGCAGCCGUAUUGAUCUCAAGCGUGUGUUUGCACCUGCCAGUUAGUCACCAGCUGCGAUGCGGAAGACAAAGUAAAUCCAGGAAAUUGAACUUGGAAGGAGAAACACACUCAGCUUGGCUGCUGCUUUCUUGUCCUACGUCCAAACAGAGGCUGGCUGUUCCAAGUGGCGCCACGUUAGCAGAAGCAAGGAAAGAAAGCUCCUCGCUGCAUCCCUUUGUCACACAGUGCCAAAGACCCCUGCGUCUCCCAAAGCCGCUGCUACUGCACAUUAAUAUGCUUUACCAGCAGCUCUCUUUGCAGGCGGCCAAGCCUGCGCGCCUGCUACCGCUUCAGCUCCAUCCCGCGUCCGAACAUGGACGACGCGAGCUGCUAUGCAAAUCAGGGAUCGGAAUACUCGCCAAUGAGAGCGCCGCUCUGCUCCCAUCGCCGCCAAUGGGAGGCCGCCGCCAGGCUGGGCUUGGAUUUAUAUCCUUCAGCGUCUCGCGCUUGUUGUCAUUGCAGCUGCGGCUCUUCGGGCAGGUCGAUCGCUGGCGAAGGCGCUCGGGGCGAGGCCGCCGCUUGCCGUCUGCCCGCUUAGCAAACGAGCGCCGGCGUCGCCUCCUGGCCCGCGCGCCCUCCCGUGAUGUCCGGCCGAGGGAAAUCCGGCGGCAAAGCCCGAGCCAAAGCCAAGUCCCGCUCCUCCAGGGCAGGCCUGCAGUUCCCCGUGGGCCGCGUGCACCGGCUGCUGCGGAAGGGUAACUACGCCGAGCGGGUGGGCGCCGGGGCGCCCGUGUAUUUAGCGGCCGUGCUCGAGUACCUCUCGGCUGAAAUCCUGGAGCUGGCUGGCAACGCCGCGCGGGACAACAAGAAGACGCGGAUCAUCCCCCGGCACCUGCAGCUGGCCAUCCGCAACGACGAGGAGCUCAACAAGCUGCUGGGCGGCGUGACCAUCGCCCAGGGCGGGGUCCUGCCCAAUAUCCAGGCCGUGCUGCUGCCCAAGAAGACCCAGAGCUCCAAGAAAUGAGCUGGCGGCACAAGGCCCCAAGGCAGGCGGUCGACGGAGCGCCCCCUGCGCCCCGCCCGCUGGCUCCGGUGCAGCAGGCCCCGGACACUUCCUCCCUUCCCCCGCUUUGCUCGGGCAGCCGGCACCGGGCAGAUCCCCUCCGCAUUUUCUGCCGCGGUGCAGCCAGCGCGGGCCUCCCGGCUCACCGUCUCCCGCGCCGCCCCUCCCUGGCCUGGCGCUCCGGCCGCCCGGCUCCUCUCCCCCGCCCCCCCGGCACCUUCUCCGAGGGAUGUGCCCCUCGCACCUCCGAGCACCCCUGCCUUUUGUCAGUCCCUGGGAUUGGGGCGGGCAGAGCCGUCGUAAUCAUUUUCCAUGUCACAAAAAGGGCAUGUGCUUUGGGCCUGGCUGCCACCUAGUGCCCUGCAAAUUGAUUUUUUCCCUCUGUCUUCACUCUCUCCCUCCCGGUCCUCUUUCCUGGAUCUUUAACCUCAGAUUUACUGCCUUGAAGCUGCUUAAUCUACAACAUUUGUGCAAUUUGAUUUUUUUCUUUAUUUCCUGGCUUUCCAAAUCCCUUGUAAUUUUGCUGGGGGAGAUGAGUGGAAAAGAAGGAACAGAUUUUUUGGAACUAGACGAAUGAUUUGUGCAUUUUAUUUCAUGUUAUUUUUGGAUGAACUGAAGAAGAAACGGAACUAACUGGAAGAGAGAAAGUCACAAAGCACAGGGACAGCUUCCAGCUGACUCUAGAAGGCAAGGGCCUCAAUGUGGGCAGUGUACCAUUUGCCACAAUGGUGCCCCUUUAAAAUACCCUGUCUGUGCAUCUAAAGGGUGAGGAUGGGCACUCUGAAGAAGAAGAGUUAGCCUCUCCAUUGCUUCGUUAUUUUGCACAAAUAUUCAAUUUAAUCUCUUAAAACUGCUCUGUCCCAGAGCUCAAGAUGGUGAUGGAUCUAUCUACCUGAUGUUGCUGCACAUCCCCAUUCAAUGUGAUCAUAAACUUAAGGGUGGGAGGGGGGGAGUUCUCAAUGUGAAAAGAAUGAUAUUUCUCUUCCUGAGAAAGUAGUAGCUUCAUAUGCUGAGCUUUUCCCCUGCCCCUUGGUUCCUUUAUGAUUCUGAUGUGGUGUUGUGUCUUUGUGUUUGUCCUCCAUUCCUAGUCAUGUACUCUUGUUAAGUUUUGAAGUUCUGUUGUUUCAAAUUUACUUUUCAGUUAGUUUAUAUUGUUAAAGUCUUUGGGCUGAAGGCAAGGAGUUGUUCACCAUGAUUUCUAGGGUGUAUUUGUCCCAGACAGGACUUGGAAGAUGACUGUGUGCGUGCGUGCAUGCAUGUACACGCAUGCACACAUGAGAAUGUCUAGAAGCAAAAAUAGGGUGAGUGUGUGUGUGCCAUAAGCAGUAAUCUCUCUCACAACCCAACCUGGGGAGUGGGAGGGAGGGAGUCUAUUCUCUGUCUCUAGCCUUGAUGUGGUGCAUUCAGGUCUUCUGAAUGUGCUUAGGAGCUUAGCUGGAAACUCAUUUUAAGCAAGAGUCCUUUGAUAUAGGUCUAUUUUUGUCCUUUUGACGUCAGUGGAGCUAAAAUGGCUUAAAGCAUAAUAGUGUUUGUGGUUUUCAGUCUAAAUAAUAGUAGACCAGAGGUGCUUGCUAUUUCCUUGAAACAGUAGUCAUUGUGUUGUCCAUUUCCACACAUACCCCGUUUAGUUCUGUUGUGAAGCCUUCCAUCAUGCCUGCAGUUUAGCAUUUGCAUCCUAGUUUGCACUUUAAACUAUACACAGUGUUCUUUGCUCAGAAUUUCACUUUUAGUACUUAGCGUUUAAGUGUGGCAUCUCUAACUGAAAUCCUCAGUGUUUGGGAAUUGAGUAUUUGAGGUUUUAGUUUAGGAACAAAAUCAAAUUUAUACAAGAGUAAGAUAACUAGUUUGUGGUGGUUUGCUAAAUAGGUGUUGGGUAAUGUAUGAGCAUGAGAGUUGGCCUAGCCAGUCCUGUGAUGCAUAGUUGCUGUGGUCUUUUAGAAAUGGUAUUGGAGCCAAAUCAUGCUUGCGUAGGUUUAAAAAGAAGUUGUUAGAACCAUGUGCAUGCAGCAAUGUCUAGGCUACUGAACAAGUAGAGCUUCUAAUAAUAUUUAUGGUCAGCUGUGUAUGUGCUGUUAAGUAGCAUGUGUUCAACCCAUCAAGUGAACUGUGAAUCUAAGUAUUGUCUUGCUCUGGUUCAACCAAUAAUACCUAGACUUGUGGACAUUGGAUGCUUUAAUAACUGGAUAAUGAAAGAGGUUCAGUCUCAUGCUGGUGAGCAUACUGUCUCAGUGGUGAUACCCGAGAAGUAAAACUUUAUCUGCCCUCCUCUGAUUGUCUUGCUUGUCUCCUACUGCAGGCCCAGAAAAAAGGACCUCUUGUUUCUAAAUAGCUAUCUCAUUCCUCUGGCACUGGACCAGUGCAGGGCUCUUGCUUUCUGUCAGAAUGAACACUGAUUGCAUCAUUGAGAGGAAGGGAUUCUUUAAAUGCAAAUAACUACCAUAGAGUAGGAAGUUAGCAUUUCUCAAUGUGUAUUCUGUCUUUCAAAAAUUAUUUUCAAGAACGGUAUUUUGUGUUCUGUUGAACAUUGCUUUGUAAUUAUUAGAAAAUGCAGAACUUGUGAUACUGGAAAAGUGCAAGACCAAUAUUCUUAUUAAACUGAUUCAGUCUUGAAUGCUCA